UUUUUGUUUAAUGUGCUGAAACGGGAGGGAUUCCGGCCCAGCAGCGUCCCAUGGAGGUGUGGCUGAUAGCCCCUCAGAAGGUCAGUGCCCAAGGCUGAUGGACCGCUCUUCCCGGGCUUGUCCACCAGGCGUUGCUGCCCCUGGACAUUGUUUGGUGGCCAGCGUCUCCUAGGAGCUUCCCGCUCGCCGGAAUCUGGAUCUGAGGACACGCGGGUGCUGCUUUCCGGGCAUGGGCUGCCGAGGACACGGAUGCUAACACUGCUCCCUCUACGAGCAGGCAGACAAGUGCCCAGUGCAUCGAGGCGGCCCCUGGACCGGAGGCUCUCUCUCUGUUGGCCGGCUGCCUCCCCCGGGCUGUGUCACACGGACGCCGGCGGAUGUGUGUGUGAAACAUGUGGAUGCCCGUGGGGAGGUUAUGGCUCCCGCUGCCCUUCCCUCUGGUUGGCGCCAUGUCAGACUCCAGAGCCCUCCUGUGGGUGACCGCGCUGGCCAUCCACCUCACGCUCACGGACGGCCAAGCCCAGUACCCAGUGGUCAACACCAAUUACGGCAAAAUCCGGGGCCUGAGGACACCACUGCCCAAUGAGAUUUUGGGCCCCGUGGAGCAAUACUUGGGGGUCCCCUAUGCCUCUCCUCCCACCGGGGAGAGGCGCUUCCAGCCCCCCGAGCCCCCUUCCUCGUGGACCGGCGUCCGCAACGCCACGCAGUUUGCAGCCGUGUGUCCGCAGCACCUGGACGAGAGGUCCCUGCUUCACGACAUGAUGCCCAUCUGGUUCACCGCCAACCUGGACACUCUGAUGACCUACGUGCAGGACCAGAAGGAAGACUGCCUAUACCUGAACAUCUACGUGCCCACGGAGGACGGAGCCAACACCAAGAAACAUGCUGAUGAUAUUACCAGUAAUGACCGUGGGGACGACGAAGACAUCCACGACCAGAACAGCAAGAAGCCCGUGAUGGUGUACAUCCACGGAGGGUCCUACAUGGAAGGCACCGGCAACAUGAUAGACGGCAGCAUCCUGGCCAGCUACGGCAACGUCCUGGUCAUUACCAUCAACUACCGGCUCGGCAUCCUGGGUUUCCUAAGCACAGGGGACCAGGCGGCCAAGGGCAACUACGGGCUGCUGGACCAGAUCCAAGCCUUGCGGUGGAUCGAGGAGAACGUGGGGGCCUUCGGCGGGGACCCCAAGAGAGUGACCAUCUUCGGCUCGGGCGCCGGAGCCUCCUGCGUCAGCCUGCUGACCCUGUCACACUACUCAGAAGGUCUGUUCCAGAAGGCCAUCAUCCAGAGCGGCACGGCACUGUCCAGCUGGGCCGUGAACUACCAGCCAGCCAAGUACACGCGCGUGCUGGCCGACAAGGUGGGCUGCAACAUGCUGGACACCACGGAGCUGGUGGAGUGCCUGCGCCACAAGAGCCCCCGGGAGCUGGUGCAGCACGCCAUCGCGCCCGCCACCUACCACAUCGCCUUCGGGCCGGUCAUCGACGGGGACGUCAUCCCCGACGACCCGCAGAUCCUCAUGGAGCAGGGCGAGUUCCUCAACUACGACAUCAUGCUGGGCGUGAACCAGGGCGAGGGCCUCAAGUUCGUGGACGGCAUCGUGGACGGCGAGGACGGCGUCACGCCCAACGACUUCGACUUCUCCGUGUCCAACUUCGUGGACAACCUGUACGGCUACCCGGAGGGCAAGGACACGCUGCGCGAGACCAUCAAGUUCAUGUACACCGACUGGGCCGACAAGGACAACCCCGAGACGCGCCGGAAGACCCUCGUGGCCCUCUUCACUGACCACCAGUGGGUGGCCCCGGCCGUGGCCACGGCCGACCUGCACGCCCAGUACGGCUCGCCCACCUACUUCUACGCCUUCUACCACCACUGCCAGAGCGAGAUGAAGCCCACCUGGGCCGACUCGGCGCACGGUGACGAGGUGCCCUACGUCUUCGGCAUCCCCAUGGUGGGGCCCACCGAGCUGUUCAGCUGCAACUUCUCCAAGAACGACGUCAUGCUCAGCGCCGUGGUCAUGACCUACUGGACCAACUUCGCCAAGACCGGGUUGUGGCAACAUCUGACCCAGCAGCGCCUGCUCUGCCGCAGCGACCCUGACUCGGUAGCACUCACGGGUCCAGUGCUCUUCCCAGAGGGAAGCCCCUUCUGGAACACCCCAAGUCAGUGA